AUGCUAAAGUUUUCAUCCAAGUGUAUUCCAAGAAGCACUGGUUCUGUACACCGUACUUUACGUCAGUUGCAUAGCACCGUCGCCGCCGCGCAUGCUAACACUGCCAAAAAGGCUGCCAAACAGGCUGAGGUAGCGGAUUUGAGGAUCCAGUCGGGCCGUCUCAACCAAACCAUCUUGGACAGUGGUGCCCGUUUCGGUCCUGCUCUGCGCUGGGGUGACAAGCCUCACGAGUUCGGGAUGAGAAGACUUGCCGGUACCAAAGAAGACGGCGCCGCCAGGGACUGGUUCAUCGAGGAAUGUAAAUCGUUGGGCUGCACCAUCAAGGUGGACAAGAUCGGUAACAUUUUUGCCACUUUCGCAGGUAAAAACGGUGGCAAACCCACCGCCAUGGGUUCCCAUUUGGACACCCAACCCGAGGCUGGUAAAUACGACGGUAUUCUCGGUGUCUUGGCUGGUCUCGAGGUUCUCAGAACCUUCAAAGAGAACAACUUCGUUCCAAACUACGACGUUUGCGUCGUUUGCUGGUUUAACGAAGAAGGUGCUCGUUACGCGCACUCCUGCAUGGGUUCAACUGUGUGGGCUCACAACAUGGAGCUUCAAGAGGCCUACGAUAUGCUUUCGGUGAACGAGGACAAGCCAGAAAGUGUCCACGAUUCGCUCCAAAACAUUGGUUACAUUGGUGACUCCGUUGCCUCUUACAAAGAAAAUGAAAUUGACGCGCAUUUCGAGCUACACAUCGAACAAGGUCCUGUUUUGGAAGAUGAGCAAAAGAAGAUUGGUAUUGUCACUGGUGUCCAAGCAUACCACUGGGAAAAGAUCACUGUUCAUGGUGUCAGUUCGCACGCCGGUACCACACCAUGGAGACUAAGAAAGGAUGCCUUGUUGAUGUCAUCCCAAAUGAUCGUUGCUGCUGCUGAGGUGGCCAAGCGUCACGGUGGUCUAUUCACAUGCGGUGUUAUUGAUGUGAAGCCUUACUCCAUCAACAUUGUUCCUUCCGAAACCACUUUCACCAUCGAUUUCAGACAUCCAGAAGACGAGAAAAUGACCGAGAUUAUCAAAGACACCAAGAUCGAAUUUGACAAGCUAGUGAAGGCCGGCAAAACCCGUUACGAAGACGAAGUUUUGCUAACCUCAAAGGCUGUUAAGUUCCAAGACGUUUGCAUUGAUUGUGUCACCAAAUCGGCUUUGGCUCAAUUCGACGAGAGCGAGGUUAGACGUAUCUAUUCCGGUGCCGGACACGAUUCGUGCCAAACCUCGAGCCGUGUUCCCACAUCCAUGAUUUUCAUUCCUUCUAAGGACGGUCUUUCUCACAACUACUACGAAUACUCUUCGCCUCAAGAAAUCGAGGAUGGUUUCAAAGUGUUGCUACAAGCCGUCAUCAACUAUGAUAAGUUGAGAGCCUCGAGGGUGUGA